GUACUGCAUUUGUUUAAUGCGUUAUUGUGUGAUGAAAAAGCCGUUCUCAUGUGUUUUGGUGUCGUUGGAUUGAUCGAAGGUCGUCAUGCUUUUAUUGGCCUGGGUUUUGCCGAUCGUGGCGAUUCAUUCGACUUCAACGUUGCUUUACAAGACCAUUUUAAGUGGGUAAAGCAAGAAGGGGAGCUUGCAAAAAUGGAAGCUUGUGAGAGCGCGGCACCCAAACUGGACCUGAGCUUCAAAGAGGGGCAGACGAUCAAGAUCAACAUUGGGAACAUCAAGAAGAAGGAAACGGUCGGUGCCAAACCACGGCCGAUGGGUGGAGGUCUUCUCCCACCUCCACCCGGAGCAAAGGCUGGAGGCGUCAUACCGCCUCCUGGAGGACAGCAGACAGUCCCAGCUGUUCACAGUAACACUGCCUCCCUCUUAGACUUUGGUUCCCAUCCACCUGCAGCCCUGCCUAGUUCUGACAUGUGGGGAGACUUCACAUCUGCCGGUUCCAACUCCAGUACAGAUGCUGAGAAACCAGGAUGGGUGCAGUUUAGCUGAGUUGUGAGGAAAAUGUGCGCACACUUGGGUUCCAUACAUUCCGUGGACCGGACCAUUGUGGCGGAAAAGAAGCUAAAAGAGAGAGAGAGGAACUGUUAGUAUAAGAACUUGACUGGCUCACUCACUGCACUUGAUAAACAUAGCCAGCUGACCAACACACUCUGAAGGAACAAACACAGCAAUGUACAUAUAUAUAAUUUUUUUUGGGGGUUUCUUCCCACUUUUGCUAUGCAGUGAGAUCUGUCAGGUCACCACUCAUCUCAUAGCUCUCUGCAAAUGUGAGCGUUACUGGUGGUUGAAGGAAAACACACUCACAGGUAACAGCGCCUGUCCGUUCAUUGCCUUAAAUCACGAACAUGUGAUCACGUCCCUCUCCGUCGUUACACCUCCAUCAUCUCAGAGUUCUCUUUCUGCGUUUUAGUUUUCUUUAUCAUGUGGUUCACCGUAGUGAAGUAUCCACGUUUUUGUGAAGCUAUGUUUGUUUGUUUUCUGGUUACUCCUCCAUCUAGAUCUUAUGUUUGCCUUUGGUUAGUUUUACAAUGUAAAGUAAAAAGUUCUUAAGCCCACGUCACAAAAUACAGAGACAGAACGUUUUAAUCACAGCGUGGGAAUUAAGUCGCGAUCGCCAUUUUCACAUCGUCAUCCAUUUUUUCUCGUUCAUGUUUCAAGUUUGAAAAUGCUUUGUCUUUUUGUGUUUUCGUCUUCGUGUCUUCUGCUUGUAUGUUCCUCUUUUUUUUUUUAAAUGUGCCUUUUACCAAAUUGAGUUUUCCUAAUUUCGCUACGAAUAUUUGAUUAAGUGCCUUUCUGACAAAGAAAAAGAUCUAAAAAUUUAUAAAAAAUGCAAGCCCGUGUUUUCUUGUAAAUAAACUCUAUAUUUCA